UUCUAAAGAUUUCUCAAAUAGGCCCAAGUGAAUCGGCCUGCCACAUCCAAGCUGCUUGCUACAAGGUUGAUCCAGGUUUUAAAAAUCUGUCAGAGUAUGCCUGCACCAAGAUCGUACAACGAUGAGCUAUCGUACAUCGAAAGAAUAUCACCGAAUGCAUUUCGCAUAAAAAAGGGCUUUGUCCCGAAUAUGAAGGUUGAAGGAGUUUUCUUUGUAAAUAACUCGCUAGAGAAGCUUAUGUUUGAUGAACUGAGACAAUUUGCAAAUUCUGGAGGGGUUGGAGGCUUUUUGCCUGGGACAAAGCAAAUCGCUAAUGUUGCUGCUCUACCUGGAAUUGUGGGGAGAUCGAUUGGCCUACCUGACAUACAUGCUGGUUAUGGAUUUGCUAUUGGCAAUAUGGCGGCCUUUGACAUGAGUGAUCCACUUGCUGUUGUUUCGCCAGGUGGAGUUGGUUUUGACAUUAAUUGUGGCGUAAGACUGAUUAGGACAAAUCUCAACUUCAAGGACAUACAGCCCGUCAAAGAACAACUUGCUCAGUCAAUGUUUGAUCACAUUCCAGUUGGAGUUGGAUCCAAAGGAAUCAUACCAAUGGGAGCCAAGGAUUUGGAAGAUGCUCUGGAGAUGGGAAUGGACUGGUCUUUAAGAGAAGGAUAUGCAUGGGCAGAAGACAAGGAACAUUGCGAGGAGUAUGGGCGAAUGUUGCAGGCUGACCCUAGCAAAGUUAGUUUCAAAGCAAAGAAAAGAGGCUUGCCGCAGUUGGGAACCCUUGGAGCUGGCAACCACUACGCCGAGAUUCAGGUUGUUGAAGAAAUUUAUAAUGAUUUUGCUGCACGUCGAAUGGGAAUUGACCACAAGGGACAAGUUUGCGUUAUGAUUCACUGUGGAAGCAGAGGUCUGGGACACCAAGUUGCCACAGAUGCGCUGGUACAAAUGGAAAGAGCCAUGGGAAGGGAUAAAAUUGAUGUGAAUGAUAGACAGCUUGCCUGUGCAAGAAUUUCCUCAACAGAAGGACAAGAUUAUUUGAAGGGAAUGGCUGCUGCGGCAAAUUAUGCAUGGGUUAACAGAUCCAGCAUGACAUUUCUUUGUAGACAAGCCUUUUCAAAGAUUUUCAAAAGCGCGCCAGAUGACUUAGAUAUGCAUGUUAUUUAUGAUGUUUCACAUAAUGUUGCAAAGGUUGAGGAGCAUCUUGUAGAUGGAAAACUAAAGACGUUGUUGGUGCAUCGGAAAGGUGCCACACGCGCAUUCCCACCCCAUCAUCCUCUAAUACCAGUAGACUACCAGCUCACAGGGCAGCCUGUUCUUAUUGGAGGAACUAUGGGAACGUGUAGCUAUGUUUUGACUGGCACAGAACGUGGAAUGGAAGAAACCUUUGGAACAACGUGUCAUGGAGCUGGUCGCGCAUUUUCAAGAUCAAAAUCCAGGCGAAAUCUAGAUUAUCAUGAAGUCUUGCAAAAUUUAGCAGAAAAGGGGAUUUCAAUUAGAGUGGCAUCGCCAAAGCUAGUGAUGGAAGAGGCUCCAGAAUCGUACAAGAAUGUCACAGAUGUAGUUGACACCUGUCAUGCUGUUGGAAUUAGUAAGAAGUGCAUAAAACUAAAGCCUGUUGCUGUGAUCAAAGGCUGAAGCUGCAAGAUUGGAAGGGAAAAUUAUUCAAAAAUAUCAAAGUAGAGGAUACACCCAGAAUGUAGCUUGCUUUAUUGCAGUAUUUUGUAUUGCACUAAAUAUAAGUUAAGAAGUAAUUUAUCCAGGGAACAAUUUCAGACCGAAUAUCUACGUCGUAAAACAAUUUGCAUUUGUACCAUUCAAUUGGUAGGCUUAAUUGAAUUUGAUUUAUUCAUAUUUUUAGGGGAAAAUGUCCUACGAAUUUAUGUAAAGGCAUUAUACAAAUAAUUUUUGCUGAAUUUUAGUUCUUGAUUUAUUGAAGAGCUAAAUUCCCUCAAAUUGAAUGUAUAAACUACACAUUUUGAAAUUUGACAGUCCGGUCAAUACUUUUUUGCUGAAUUCUAAUUCUUGAUUUGUUAAAGAAAAGUUUUCUCUAAAAUGGCAUAUAAAUUUAUAAUGAAAAGUACUGUAUUUCUGUAUGUGAAUGGAGAUUUCAUGAUAACCAGAGGUUAUUGUACGUUUUACCAGUUGUUUUAAAAGUGUUUUUUUUGUCGGGAAAUGAAGAGUUGUGGUUCACGCUUUAUUCGCUGCUUCUACGUUCCAACUGUUUAAUUAUUAUCAUAGUAUUAUUGGCAGAGUGUUUUUUUAUCAAGAAUAUCAAAUUUGCUUUGCCAAGUGACAGAUAAACACAUGAAUAAACCCCUUGCUCAUUUAUCAGCUUGAAGUUAACAAGUUUACUCUAAGUUACUUCUCAUGACCGUGAAUUUGAUAACCUUAUUAUACAAUUUGACAGCCGGAUGAAUUCUCCUUUGAAGAAUUUAUUGGAUAAGAUAAAUGAGGAAUUUAAUAUGUUUAAACAAAAGAUUAUACUACAGAAGAUAAUGAAGGUGCCGAAUG